AUGAAGAUCAUGAAAAGGAAGAUGAACAGGAACAAGGAAAAGAAAAAGAAGAAGAAGAAAAAGGAAAAGAAGAAAAGGAAGAGCAGACCCAAGAACAUGAAAAACAGUCAGGUAGUGAUUCGUCGAAUAACAGUGAACAUGGAGAUGAAAAAGAGGAUGAGAACCACAAACCAGACACUACUGUGGAGUAAUAAGCUAAUAAAGCGACAAUUCUGUACACAACAGAGCGUAUAUAACAGACAAAUGCAUACUAAGCAAUUUUUAUGA